CCCAUUUCGUUGACAUCCUCCAGCACUCGCCUUACGUCGCAUUCGAUUCUACCUAGGCUUCAUGCAGUGGAGACGCUCAUUCUGGACUUUAACGGGAGCACAUACGAAGUGGCAGAACAUAUGCGAGACAAGUUGACGACGUAUUUCACUCCAUGAGGCACCUCCACCUGCAUUUCGCGGACUUCGACACUGCCAAUGACCUGUUCGACAUUCUCUGCGCUUGUCCGAAAUUGUCAUCGCUGUGUCUAUCUCACGUUCAUUGUGACAACUCAGAAAAUCCACCAGUUUUCAACGUCGUGUCACUCCAGCCGGUUGUGCUGAAGGAGUUAUCGUUGGAAAACACGCAGUCAGAGAUCAUGACAUGGCUUACACAUAGUCCCUUCCAACUCUCUUUGCAGUCUCUACAGGCCCUUUGGGAUGAUUCGUCAGAUGAAUCUUGCUUAGCAAGUGUAGAGCACGUGCUGAAGACGGUCGGAACGUCGCUGCAGAACAUCAAACUAGGAGUUACAGUUUGGAGAAGUCAGAUCGAUCUGUCCUGGAACGAACAAUUAUCGAAUCUUCAUCUUCAAAUACGCAUGGGCUCUGUGCGAGCGCUGGAAGUCGACGCGAUUUUUCAUCUUAAGUUCCGCCACAGGUGCGACCACGACAUGCUCUCCAGCACAUAUGAAUCGAUAUCCUCCGCGCUUGCUUCUGUGUGCUCUCGGCAGCUUCAUGACAUCGAUUUCGUGUUCGAGUUCCACAAGGGAGGCGAUUUGUCGGCGUUGGACUGGGAGAAGAUAGACGAGCAUCUGGAGCGGCUUGCGCGGAUGCGAGCGUUUCCGGAACAGCUUCAGGUGCUGUUCCGUCUGAACUUUGUGAACCAGGAUGAGACUGCCGAGAGUUAUAGUGCCGACACGAUCAAGAGACGCCUGCCGAGGUUGCUGACGAGUUCAGCUAAGGUGGAUAUAACCACUGUCACUGCGGGUUGGUUAGAAUCGUCAUCGAUUCAUCCUUGGAGAUAUUGACUGAAUCGCAAACGGAGGGAUGAUUUGCAUGCAAGAGCUGCUAUACCUCACCUGAGUUGUUUUAAAACUUGGCUCGCUUUGUAUUUGGAGGUAGCGCAGUGCUUAUACUAUUGGACGUUGAUU